GGGGCGCUGCUAAAUUAUCGGCUGCUAGUUUUCAGGCUGAUUUGUGCCAAUUGGCAACAAAUUUUUUAAUAAUGUUGUUGUCUCGGGGCUCGAAAUUACUUCAAAAUGCAGUACAAUCUACCUUGAAAAGAAACACAGUUGUCCAUAAGCAACAAGUGAGAAAUUUUUGGCACGGAACGUGGAAUUACCGGGAACCCGGCAAGCCUAUUAGACAGGCUUACAUCGCAGCCGAAGUUUUGGGCGGAUUUGCCUGGUGGUGGAUUCUCUGGCACUGUUGGCAUGAUUGGCACCAUAUAGUGGGUUUUCAACUUCCUGAACCGGAAAAUUGGACCGAUGCCGAACUAGGAAUUCCCCCGGACGAUGUUGAUUGUUGAUCGUCUUUUCAAAAUGUGUAGAUACUUCAAGAACACUUACAAAACAAAACUAGAACAUUAUCACUGAUAACCAAUCAGUGCAUUACAAUCUGUUACAUUUUGGUGCAAUAACGCAGAAUAUGUUGUUGCUCUUUAAUAAAUACGGACUCAAUAAAUUAACAGGUAUCGUA